AUUGCUCUAUCCCAAUCUCAAUGCUCCUAACAUCAAGGGCACUAGGUGGUGUUUUCAGUCGUACAGCGUAUAGGUAGGAUGUAGUGCUCUUGUGAAGAGAGUAUGAAGUGAUUUAAUACCAAACCCUCGCCUCUGUGUCUGAUUUAGGAGUUGGAUGUAUGAACCGGUGUAGCUCUACGGAAAGUGGCCCGUCUGUCAGGCGGUAAAAUGGACUUGUCUGAGCUUUAACAACUGGAUUUAUCCGAGUAAAAAAAUAAUAAUAAUCGACACUCCAAGAGGAAAGUGGUGUUGUUUUUUUGGUGAAGAUGAAAAGGAUAACGGGGAAGACGAAAGAUGCUACUCUUUUGGAGAUGACAAACAAAGCGGACGCUCAUGUGGAAGAUGGCUUUGCAGUGUUGACAGGUUACAGGAAGACCUUUCUCACAGACAAUAAUGGGAGUCUCCUCUCCGCCUCAGACAAAGGGACACAACUGCCAGGCAAUCGGGAGAUCGAUAAGCUGCAGCAGAACAGUGACUCUGUGUAUUUUAGAGAUGGUAAACGACGCAUCGAUUUUGUCCUGUCCUACACCGACGACAAAGAUGGCGACAAGAAAGCUGAGAGGAGAAAAGAGUUUGAAGCCAACCUUGAGAAGGCAGGUCUGGAGCUGGAAACUGAGGAUAAAUCUGAGUCGGAUGACCAUAAAACAUACUAUCUGAAAAUUCAUGCACCAUGGAAAGUCUUGGCCACCUACGCAUCGGUGCUGAAGAUAAAGGUGCCGUUUAAGAAGACCGACAUUCCGAAAGGACGGGAAAUCUCACUGGCUUGGCUUACGCAGCCCAUCCGCCUUCCCAAGAACAUCAUGAAGCCUGAGCCUGAUUACUUCACUGCGCCCUUCAACGAUAACGAAGUCGAGUUCUUCCUGAUUAAGGACAGGGCGACCUUCUUCCCACCCUCCACCCGCAACAGGAUUGUCUAUUAUAUUCUUACACGAUGCCCAUACUACAACAAGGACCGAGUAGAUCGAGAAAAGACUGGAAUUAAGAGACUCCUAAACAACGGCACCUACACAUCUGCUUACCCACUCCAUGAUUGCUCCUAUUGGAAGAGAUCAAGUAAUCCACAGUGUGAAAGUGAGAGAUUUCAACUGUAUAAGUACUGGGCUCGCUUUUUCUGCUUCUACAAAGAACAACCACUUAACCUCAUCAGGAAAUACUAUGGUGAGAAGAUUGGCAUCUACUUUGCUUGGCUGGGCUUCUACACAGAGAUGCUGUUUUUUGCUGCUGUGAUGGGCGCCAUCUGUUUUAUCUAUGGUUUACUCAGCUAUGAUGAUAACAUUACAAGUAAAGAGAUCUGUAAUCCCAAUAUUGGUGGAAACAUUGUCAUGUGCCCUUUGUGUGAUAAGAAGUGCACAUAUUGGAAACUCAACUCGACUUGUCUGUCAUCAUGGCAAUCCCAUCUUUUUGACAAUGAAGGAACUGUGUUCUUUGCCAUCUUCAUGGGAAUUUGGGUAACCCUCUUUCUGGAAUUUUGGAAGCGGAGACAGGCAAGGCUGGAGUAUGAGUGGGACUUGGUGGAUUUUGAAGAGGAGCAGCAGCAGCUUCAGAUCAGACCGGAGUUUGAGUUGAAGUGCACCAACCGCCGUCUCAAUCGCAUUACACAGGAAACGGAGCCAUAUUUGCCUUUAACCAGCAAGUGUGCUCGAUUCUGCUUCUCUGGAGCAACAGUACUGUUCUGGACAUUUCUGAUCGUGGCCUGUAUAAUGGGAGUGAUAGCAUAUCGCUUGGCGGUUUAUGCUGCUUUUGCUAGUAUCAUGAAGGAUAGCACAACCAGCAAGAUCCAGCUUGUGGGUUCUCUGAUUACUCCACAAUUGGCCACCUCAGUUACAGCAUCCUGCAUCAAUUUUGUUAUCAUCCUCAUCCUUAACAUGCUGUAUGAGCAUGUGGCUAUGUGGAUUACUGAUAUGGAAAUCCCCAAGACACAUUUAGAAUAUGAGAACAAGCUGACCAUGAAGAUGUUCAUGUUCCAGUUUGUCAACUACUACUCCUCCUGCUUCUAUGUUGCCUUCUUUAAGGGCAAGUUUGUGGGUUACCCUGGCAACUACAACUACAUGUUUGGAAAGUGGAGCAAACUUAGAAAUGAAGAGUGUGCUCCAGGAGGCUGUCUGAUCGAGCUCACCACUCAGCUAGUGAUUGUCAUGACAGGGAAACAAAUCGUGGGAAAUAUCCAAGAGGCCUUGUUACCGUUACUAAAGAACUGGUGGAUCAGCAGGAAAGGCCGAAACCAUCCAGAGAGUCGGUACAAUCGAUGGGAACAGGACCAUGAUUUGCAACCCUUUGGCCAGCUUGGUCUCUUCUACGAAUAUCUAGAGAUGGUGAUCCAGUUUGGUUUCAUCACAUUAUUUGUGGCUUCAUUUCCACUUGCUCCAUUGCUCGCUCUCUUUAACAACAUCCUUGAGGUGCGUGUGGAUGCAUGGAAGUUCACAACGCAGUUCCGUCGACCUGUGGCAGCAAAGGCCCGCAACAUUGGAGCCUGGCAGGAGAUCUUAAAUGUCGUAGCUAUUGUAUCUGUUGUCACAAAUGCCUUCAUCGUGGCGUUUACUUCUGAUAUGAUCCCUCGUCUAGUCUACCUAUACCAUUAUAGUCCUAAUACCACUAUGGAAAACUACAUUAACAACAGCCUUUCAGUGUAUGAAAUCUCUAAGCUCAAUCCAGAAAACAAACCAGACCAUGAGGAGAACCCUUAUUGGUUCAACGACUCCAUUAUCACAACCUGCAGAUAUCGUGACUACCGCUAUCCACCAGGUGACGAUAGGCAAUACUCACAUAACAUGCAGUUCUGGCAUAUUCUUGCAGCUAAGAUGGCCUUUAUUAUCAUUAUGGAGCAUGUGGUGUUUGUUGUGAAGUUCUUUGUGGCGUGGCUGAUACCGGACGUGCCGUCAGAAGUUAAGGACCGCAUAAAGCAUGAGCGCUACCUGGUUCAGGAAUUCCUGCGUGACUACGAUGUGAAGAAGAUCACGUUGCAGCUCAGCAAGAGUCCGACUACAGACCUCUGUCACACAACAGAGAGCAGCUCGCUGCUUAAUACAGACAUGAUUGAAGUCCUAUCUGAAUGUAUCUGAAUGAGACCUAAGCUUGCAGGACCAUGAAAGGGAGGCCAACCAGUCAUGAGAAUCUGGAGUAUGAGAAAUCCCAAACCAUGCUGUAUUGCACAUGUAUUCAAAGAACUAGCUUGCCUGUAGCUGUACAGGUAUAUCCCUUGGAACCCAGAUAAACUCACUUUCCCUUAUAAAACGGAAGAUGAGGCCGUGCUGGGACCUUGUGGCUCUUCUGUUGCCUGUAUUUACCUCACAUUUGCCGUCCCCUCUGACUCGUGUCACUCAAGCAUGUAGUGCUCUGUCAGUAUUGGUGACUGCUACGAUGAGCAUGAUAUUGGUAGGAUUUUGUGAUUUGGACAGCACUGUGAGCUGCCUCUCUGGUCGUUUUGCCUUGUAAACCAAUGGCAAGUAAAGUUAAAAUGUGAAUGUUCUAGUAUGAUUAUAGGAUCUUUAAAGAUUUCCUUUAGAAGCAAAACAUCUUGUAUUCACUUUUAUUUUAUUUGCCUGUUUACUUUUUUUUUUAUAAGAAGCUGCCUGGAUAUGUUCCACUGUAUAGUUUUUAUUUUCUUUAGUACUUUUGCCCCUCUGUUCAUAUGCAGAGUUAUGCUGGCUUAUCAUAGUUAAAACUACACUGCUUAUCUUUAAGACCUUACUUUUAAAUAACUGUAGUGUAAACACUUUUAACUGUGAUAUGCAUCCAAACACUUAUGCUGUAAUGAUCAUACUAUAAGUGAACUUCUGUCAUGUUGUUCUUUGUAUAUCAUUUACGACCGGUUAUGCAAAAUAAUUUUUUCUCUAAAAUAGAGAAAAAGUUAUAGGACCUACAGUAAAUGUACUGGGUUAGAGUUGUGGAUGAAAGGGUGCAAUAUGUUUAAAAUUUACAUUAAAACAGUUUAAAAAUGUAAAGGGUUACACUAAAUAAUCUGAUAAACACAUUAACAGUUUUCUGACAAGAGCCCUACUUUACUAAAUAGCUCUUUAGUAAACUGUAAUGAAUUUACUGCACUACGAUGUGUUAAAAUCGAAGAUGUGCAUACGGAUAGGUAGGGAGAUUUGGAGACACACCCUAAAAAAAUUUAUAUACAAAUGGAAUCCAAAGAGCAACAAACCACAUUUGGGGUUCCUGUGAUCUUUUUGUUUUCCAGAAACCAAGAAUAUACAAGCUUCAUUCCUAAUUGACAAACUCCUUAUUACAACUAUUUCAAUUUUUUUUACUAGCUAUGGUCUUGUAUUAAAUUCCAGACAUUUUUUAUAAAAAAAAUAAAAUAAAAAACUUGAGUCUUGGAGUAUGUUUCUAGAGGUCUAUUAUCAACUAAAGCCAUGACAAAUCACAUUCAGAAAUGUUUUUAUCAUUAGUGGCAUUUCUUGUCUUCUUAUAUCACAUCUAAUCAUGUACAAGUAUUUCAUUUGUGUUUUUACCAGUAAAAGUUUCACACAGUGCUGUAUUUAUAAGCCUCGGUGAAGACUUGUAAAACACUAUGAUCUCUGCAAGAUUGAAUAAGUUUCAUGAAGUUCCUUCAUAUUUAUUGAAUGGUAUUCAAUUACAUUUCUUAUCAUAAUGCUAUAUACAAUUGUUUAUCAAUUUUACUAGUUUUAUUUAUUCACCUGGUCAUUUUGUAAAAAGUAUGUGUAUUGUGUUAAACUGCCUUUGUUUAUACCUGCAACUAUGUAUGUUGAUUUAAUUUCUAAUAAUUGAAAGAAAUAAACUGUUCUACCCUAAAUGGAAAUUUUGGAGAAAUAUAAAGCCCUCUAUAGCUUCCUUAAAUGUGUAUCUCAGGUUAAAGUUAAGAAGUUAAACUUCCAGUUAUCAGAAACAGCUGAAGUGUGCUGUGGUAUUUGUAUGUGCCUGGGUAAGGUUUGCGCCUGCCUUAAACUCUCAUCAUGUUUGACUAAACGUGUUUUUUUAAUAACGGUGCCAUUCAAUUCAUUGUAAUGUAUGUGAUCUUGCGUCCCAUGUUCCUACUACUCGAGUUGCAUGACUCUUAAAAUAACCAUUUUCAAAAUAAAAUUUUCAUAUAGUGAA